GCUACUCAGGGGCGUGGCUGCUGCAGAGCUUCCCAGUACAGCGAUCUUAGCUGGAGCCGCGCUUUGUUCUGGCCGCCGCCUCCUCUACCUUUUAGCGUCUGGAUCCAUCCUUUGCCUCUCCCACUGUCCCCUUCCACCUUCUCCCUGCAUCUGGGUUUGCAUCCUCUUCCCCAACCGCUGCACUCCCUGGUCGCCUUCACUCCUGGCCGAGUCGCUGCCUGGGAUGCUUCUCUGAAUUCUUCCCUCUGCAUCUUCUUCCCCUUCGCCCUUUUUCGGGUCCGUUUUCCCCAGGUCCAGGUCGCUCCUCCCGGCCCCACCCCUCCAGGCCGGGAAUGUCCCUCGGAGCUCUGUGCCCAUGGUCCUGACCCUGCUUCUCUCUGCCUACAAGCUGUGCCGCUUCUUCGCCAUGUCGGGCCCACAGAACGGGGCCGACCGGUUGACUGUGCCGGGGCCGAAUGGGGGUAGUGGCUCGGGCCCAUGGUGGGCUACUGGCUACCGAGGGUCCCGCGAGGUGUCGCCUGGGGUGGGCACCGAGGUGCAGGGAGCCCUGGAGCGUGCGCUGCCGGAGCUGCAGCAGGCUCUGUCUGAGCUGAAGCAGGCGAGCGCCGCUCGGGCUGUGGGCGCGGGCCUAUCGGAGGUCUUCCAGAUAGUGGAGGAGGCCUGGCUGCUGCCGGCUGUGGGCCGYGAGGUGGCCCAGGGUCUUUGCGACGCCAUCCGCCUGGACGGCGGCCUCGACCUGCUGUUGCGGCUGCUGCAGGCACCGGAGCUGGAGACCCGCGUGCAGGCCGCACGCCUGCUGGAGCAGAUCCUGGUGGCUGAGAACCGAGACCGUGUGGCUCGCAUUGGACUGGGCGUGAUCCUGAACCUGGCGAAGGAGCGCGAACCCGUGGAGCUGGCGCGAAGUGUGGCAGGCAUCUUGGAGCACAUGUUCAAGCACUCAGAGGAGACUUGCCAGCGGCUGGUGGGGUCUGGAGGCCUGGACGCGGUGCUGUUCUGGUGCCGCCGCACAGACCCUGCACUUCUGCGCCACUGCGCGCUGGCGCUGGCUAACUGCGCGCUGCAUGGCGGCCAAGCGGCGCAGCGGCACAUGGUAGAAAAGCGCGCGGCUGAGUGGCUUUUUCCGCUAGCUUUCUCCAAGGAGGACGAGCUACUGCGUCUGCACGCUUGCCUCGCUGUGGCUGUGUUGGCAACCAACAAGGAAGUGGAGCGCGAGGUAGAGCGCUCGGGCACGUUGGCGCUGGUGGAGCCACUCGUGGCUUCGCUAGACCCUGGCCGCUUUGCGCGCUGCCUGGUGGACGCCAGCGACACAAGACAGGGCCGCGGGCCAGAUGACCUGCAGCGCCUAGUGCCUCUACUCGACUCAUCACGCUUGGAAGCACAGUGCAUCGGGGCCUUCUACCUCUGCGCAGAAGCUGCCAUCAAGAGCCUGCAGGGCAAGACAAAGGUGUUCAGCGACAUUGGCGCUAUCCAGAGCCUGAAACGCCUCGUUUCCUACUCCACUAAUGGCACCACGUCAGCGCUGGCGAAGCGCGCACUGCGCCUGCUGGGCGAGGAGGUGCCGCGGCGCAUUCUGCCCUCCGUGGCCAGCUGGAAGGAGGCCGAGGUCCAAACGUGGCUGCAGCAGAUCGGCUUCUCCCACUACUGCGAGAGCUUCCGGGAGCAGCAGGUAGAUGGCGACCUUCUUCUUCGGCUCACAGAGGAGGAACUCCAAGCCGACCUGGGCAUGAAAUCUAGCAUCACCCGCAAGAGGUUCUUUAGAGAGCUUACGGAACUCAAGACGUUCGCCAACUAUGCUACAUGCGACCGCAGCAACCUGGCCGACUGGCUGGGCAGCCUGGACCCGCGCUUCCGACAGUACACCUAUGGCCUGGUCAGCUGCGGCCUGGACCGCUCCCUGCUGCACCGCGUGUCAGAACAGCAGCUGCUGGAAGACUGUGGCAUCCGCGUGGGCGUGCACCGAGCUCGCAUCCUCUCAGCUGCCAGAGAAAUGCUACACUCCCCACUGCCCUGUACUGGCUGCAAGCCCGGCGGGGACAUCCCAGAUGUCUUCAUCAGCUACCGAAGAAACUCAGGCUCCCAGCUGGCCAGUCUCCUGAAGGUGCACCUACAGCUGCAUGGCUUCAGUGUCUUUAUCGAUGUGGAGAAGCUAGAAGCGGGCAAGUUUGAGGACAAGCUCAUCCAGAGCGUCAUGAAUGCCCGCAACUUUGUGCUGGUGUUGUCACCUGGGGCUCUGGACAAGUGCAUGCUGGACCAUGACUGCAAGGACUGGGUGCACAAGGAGAUUGUGACUGCUCUAAGCUGUGGCAAGAACAUUGUGCCCGUCAUUGAUGGCUUUGAGUGGCCUGAGCCCCAGGCUCUGCCCGAGGACAUGCAGGCUGUGCUUACCUUCAACGGCAUCAAGUGGUCCCAUGAGUACCAGGAGGCCACCAUUGAGAAGAUCAUCCGCUUCCUGCAGGGUCGCUCCUCCCGGGACUCAUCUGCAGGCUCUGACACCAGUUUGGAGGGUGCUGCACCCAUGGGCCCACCUUAACCAGUUUCCAGUUCCCAGUCCCUGCUGUGUCUCCCAUUUCCAUGCUCCUCCCUGAAGGAACAGCUCUUUAAACAGAGUCAGCCUGGGCUCUUCUCAGGAAAUGGCUCUCCCUGUCCCCUACCCUCAUGGCCCACUUCAACACCCCCUUCCUCAGUAUGUGGAAAGGGAAGGAAGCUGGGCUUGGGUGUGGGGGUUCCUCCUCCCUCAGGCCCUGCCAUCAGGUUCUGUCUCCCAUCCUCAGAGUUGUGUCCCUGCCAAGUUCUGGAAACGCAGGAGACUGAGGGGAGGGUCAUGGCAUAUUCUCUCAUAUGCCACCCUGAGAGCAGCCGGCUUGAGUAGGCAGCCUCUGACAGAAAUCAGGGCCAUGUGCAGACCCUGGGCAAGGGCCUGGUCCUGGGAGGCAGCCAUGGACAGGCCCCUCAAUGGCUGUUUGUGGGCCCUGAUGCCACUUCCUACUGUCUUGUGGCCUUGCCCUAUAACCACUCAGUGCCCCUCCCAGCCUUCCUCACAGCUGGGGUCAAGGUUGAGCUGAGCCGGCCCACAGGCUGUAUAUGCCUCUGCUACUUUGCUGUGCUUGUGCAUGGGAGCCUCCUCCCAGGGCCCAGUUCUGGGCAGGGAGGCCAUGUCUCAAAGCCCACCUACCCCAGGCCUUGGUGCUCUGCCUAAGAUGCCUGACCACCCAGGCCCUACUGGCUUCCCCAGCUCCUCACCCACCCAGGGCUUCCCACCCAUUUGCUCAGGGAAGAGGGGGACCAGGCACCCCCACCCUCACCCCGGCAGCCCCAGUAGCCUGGACAGCACCUGCAGCUCUGUGGGAAGAGGCAAGAUCCUGAAGGGCAAGGGUGAAGACCUAGCAGUUUCUCCCAAUGUCAAGUGCAUUCAGGAAUCUUGUUAAAAUUCAAUUCAGGAGACCUGAGGCAGGGCCUGAGAGUCUGCAUUUCCCACAAAUCCCUGGGCAAACCGAUGCAGGCGGUCAAGGGACCACACUGAGCAGAAAGUCCUUCACAAAUUUUUUGUCAUUUCCCAAACACUCCACUCCUGGUCUCUGUAAUCAUCACAGCAACCCUGUCCAGUACUGUCCCCCUGUACUGGAAGGUAAGGAAGAAAGACCGAGUGAUAAAUCCCAUUUUUCAAAUGAUUAUUGGUAGCCCCAGGAUUCAGAGCCAGGUAUCCCAGCACCCUGGCCACUGCAGAUGGACUGGGCUCAUGAUUCCUGAGAAUCGUCUUGGCGGAUGAACCUCUGCAGGGCUGUGGCUUCUCCCAUGCUCCAGAGAAUCUAGCAGCRGGGGAUAGGUUUUAGCCAAAAGGCUGACCCAGGGGUCAUACAGAAAUAGCUAGGGAGGAAUGUCUCUGUGGCCCUCCCUCCACUGGAGUAGGAGGGCAAGAAAUGCCCUCCCUCCAAUAACCCACGCUCCAGCUAGUGGGGUCGGCUGUUACCUCCCUGUACUUCCUUCUGGGGUUAGUGGGUUCACACCUCAGGGCUGGCUCAGCUCCUAGACCCCAGCCCUGCAGAGCUGGCCAGGUUUCUCCUUGCUUUUGGACCACAUCAUCAGGAAGCCAAAGAUCUCAUUGCAGGCUUGGGACUCCUUCCUUCCACUUUCCACCCUCCCCUUGUCUUAAGUGGAUCCUGGCCUAAUUCUGGCUUUGACCAUACACCAUCCUCUCCCAGAUACUCAGCCCAAGUGCAUGCUAGUUCAAGCCCAGGAUUCUGUCCUGGAUGUGACAGAUGAAGCAGACUGGAUGUUGCCCUCACACAGCAGUCAUUAAUAUAGCGUCUGCGUACUCCCAGGGGGAUCUUUCUGGGCCUUCUCCCAUGCUCCAGAGAAUCUAGCAGCAGGGGAUAGGUUUUUGUCCCUAUGGGUAGUACUCAGAGAAGUUCCUGGUUUUUCUUCAAGCACAUGCUCUACCACUGUCCACCUCCACWGUCCAGCCUUCUGCCCCGUCCUCUGUCUUUCCAGGGAAUCAGGAGCCUAUCUCUAGCUCCAGACAGAGCAACUGAACUGAUGAACCUGUCCCAGCCAGGCCAGUGUGUUCAGGGGUGGUGGCCUCCUCUGCCAUGUCAAACAUUGCUCAGAUUGCAGCUAGGGCAAACAGCUGGGCCCUCAACCUCCACCUUAGAGCUCGUCCUGAGAUAGGGCUCAGAAGUAGCACCCCUCCCACAGCCUGCUCUGACUCAGGUCUGCAGAGUCAAGGUUUUUUGCUUGUCUGGGCUAUAGGCAUUGCCCCCAGGUUAAGGCUGAGUCAACAAGGUCCCUACCCCACCUCACCUGUCCCUCCAAGAGCUUCUCAGGGACAUUCAGAAAUCAAAAGUCCAGCCACAAUUCAUUCAUCCUUCUCUUUAGCCCAUGAAGAUAGGCAUCUCAUCCUAGAAUGUGUCCUGGAAGGUCCAUCCAGGUGUGGUCCCCACAUUCAGACUAUUUGGGGGCAUUGCUGAUCUAGCCUUUCCUAGAGGAGACUGCUCAAGUCACACAGCUAGCCAGAGUAGAGCCCRGCUUCAGGCCAGCUCAGCCCCAUGGUGCGGGGGUCAGGGAGGCAGAAGUCUGGCAACAAGGGCCCAGGCUGCAGGGGCUCUAGCCAGCCCUGAACUACCCAUUUCACCUGUGUAAUUUUUCAUCCAGCAAACUGGCUAACAGGGCAGAUGAGAAAGUAGGGAAAAAAUGGCAGCAGGCCAAGCCCCCAUGGGCAGUUAUGGUUUGAAGACUGAAGUAGCCCGAUUUGGGUCUGCUAGGGGACUUAUGGGUCCUCAUCAAAGCCAGUGCUUUAAUAUUAAAUAAGAUUCUGCCUUUCAACUUCAGGUCCAGACCUUUUUACCUCCCUAGAAAUGGGUCCCUCAUUCUCUGGGAAGCUCUGGUCCAUGAACCAUAUGGAAAAUCAGGUUCAGCUCCCAGUAGACCUACAGAGACACAGGGAUGGGCUUGGCACAUGACUGCUGAAGCACACAGCAACGACAGGUGUCAGAGGGCUGUGUCAACGAAAACUGAUCCUGCCUGGUGUAGCCAGGAAGAUCAGCGUAGGUGCUUCUGGAAAGUGCAUCUCACUGACCCUCAGUAAGAGGCAGCCAGAGCCCUGCCCAAGGUUUCCAGCUGGCCUCUUGCAAGUCUUGCAGCUUAUCACCUGACAGCUCAGGAGGUAAGAGUGGCAAGCCUGAGGUAGCCGGAU